GUUUGAUGACGCACUGUUACUGUGUGACCGUGAGCUGUUUGGCAUGUCUACAGGAAAGGCAGCGUGCUGACAUAAAAAAUGUUGAAUUUAUCUUCUUUUAUGCACAGCCUUAGAUGCUCUUUGCUACAUAUUGAGAGCAGACUGCUGCAGGCGGCGGGACUGGACCGACAUCUGGCUCCAGCGCUGGCACUGAAUGGCCCCAGCCUCCUGCCCCAGCCUGUCAGGGAGGAUGAUCUGGAGGAGCAGCAGAGUUCAGAGCAGCCCUCUGGUCUUCUGGACAGCAUCCUAUGGAUGGCAGCACCCAAGAAAAGGCGCACUAUAGAGGUCAACCGCACCAGGAGGAGAGCUGCAGAAAAACUCUUAAAAGUCAAGACCAACAUCGAGCCAUGUCCAGAGUGUGGCCACUUGAAGCAGAAACAUAUCCUGUGUGGCUUCUGUUAUGCCAAAGUGUGUAAGGAGACCGCUCUGAUCCGUCAGCAGAUUAAUGCGAUGGAAGGCGGCCCGCUGAGAGCCCCGACGGUGGAGACUGUCGUCCUGUACGACGGUGAAAUGCCGAGCGAACAGGACAAAGAUAAGAGGAUCGUAGAGAGGCCAAGGAAGAGGCCUUUGUGGUUCAGCUUCUAAUGCUGACAUGUAAAGGCUGUGUGUGAUACAGCAUUUUCACGUAUCCCUGUGAAUAUAAUGUAUUAUAUCAACAGAUUAACCAAUUUGUUGGCACCAGACAUGUUUUUUUUCUUAAAUGUUUGUCAGCCCUCAAACAUGUUUGUCACAGUACUGACUGAGAGGAAUUAAGAGGUUAUUUAAAUGGUUGACAAUAAAUGUAUUACUUGACA